UGGUGGGUUGGCCGUGCCAAUGAAAAGCAUCUUUACUGGGGAGGAUCUCUUCCGGGCAUCCAACAGUGUGCAUGUGGACUGGAAGAAAGUUGUCUGGAUAUGAGAUAUUUUUGCAACUGUGACGCAGAUAGAGAAGAAUGGACAAAUGAUACCGGCUUCCUUGCUUUCAAAGACCAUUUGCCUGUAACUCAGAUAGUGAUCACUGAUACAAACAGAUCAAAUUCUGAGGCUGCUUGGAAAAUCGGCCCUUUGCGUUGCUAUGGAGACAGGCAGUUCUGGAACGCUGCGUCCUUCAACAUGGAGGCCUCCUACCUGCACUUCCCCACCUUCCAUGCCGAGGUCAGCGCAGAUAUCUCUUUCUUCUUCAAAACUACCGCCGUCUCUGGGGUAUUCUUGGAAAACCUUGGGAUUAAAGACUUCAUACGAGUUGAAAUAAGCUCCCCCAAAGAGAUCACCUUUUCCAUAGAUGUUGGGAAUGGCCCCACAGAAGUCACUGUGCAGUCUCCCACACCCCUGAAUGACAACCAGUGGCACUACGUCCGAGCAGAGAGGAAUCUCAAGCAAACUUCUCUCCAGGUGGACAGCCUCCCCAAGAAGGUCCUGGAGGCACCUGCUGAGGGGCACUUCCGCUUGCAGCUCAACAGCCAAUUAUUUGUAGGGGGAACAGCUUCCAGACAAAAGGGCUUUUUGGGAUGCAUUCGAUCUCUACAUUUAAAUGGACAGAAACUUGACCUUGAAGAGAGAGCUAAAAUGACAGCUGGUGUUAAACCUGGAUGUCCAGGACAUUGCAGCAGUUAUGGUAACCUGUGCCAUAAUGGAGGAAAAUGUGUGGAGAAAUAUAAUGGUUACUCCUGUGAUUGUACCAACUCAGCCUAUGAAGGACCUUUCUGCAAGGAAGAGGUUUCUGCGUUAUUUGAAGCCGGCACUUCCAUCACCUAUAUUUUCCAAGAACCUUAUCCUGUCACAAAAAAUGCAAGCACCUCAAGCUCUGCCAUUUAUGCAGAUGCUGUCAUGUCCAAGGAAAAUAUUGCAUUUAGCUUUCUUACGGCACAUACUCCAAGCCUUCUACUGUACGUCAAUACCUACUUUCAUGAAUAUUUGGCUGUGAUUCUCUCCAAGAAUGGAAGUUUACAGGUCCGAUACAAGCUGAGUAAGGAUGGGCUCCUCAUUUUCACUAUUGACUCUGGAAAUUUUGCCAACCGAGAGCUGCACCAUGUGAAGAUUAACAGAGAAGGCAGAGAGCUCAUCAUUCAGGUUGAUCAAGUACUCAAACUCAAACACAACUUUUCUGAGAUUGAUUUUAAGGCCAUCAAAUCACUCAGCUUGGGCAAGGUCACAGAUAGUUUGUCACUGGACCCUGAAGUCUCAAAGGCAAAUGCCUACGGUUUCACUGGCUGCCUGUCGUCUGUUCAGUACAACCACAUUGCUCCCCUAAAAGCUGCCUUACGCCAUCCCAGCGUUGCUCCUGUGACUGUCAAAGGCUUCUUGACUGAAUCCAGCUGUGCAUCUAUAAUGGAAGCUGAUGUGAACACAGUAACUACGAUAUAUUCCUCAUCAGAUCCCUUUGGGAAGACAGAUGAAAGAGAGCCUCUCACCAAUGCAGUCAGAAGUGAUUCAGCUGUGAUUGGAGGUGUAAUAGCUGUUGUGAUAUUUAUCAUCUUUUGCAUCAUUGCCAUCAUGAGCAGAUUCCUCUAUCGGCACAAACAAGCACAUCAAAGUAGCCAGACAAAGGAGAAGGAAUACCCAGAAAACCUCGAGAGCUCCUUCAAAGCUGACAUUGACUUGCAGAACACAGUGAGCGAGUGCAAACGAGAAUAUUUCAUCUGAUGGACAAUGCAAUUUCUUCUUACUGUUAUUCCCCUAAUCUUCCUUCCUUUAUUCCUUCUUCCUUUUUUUUCUGCAAUUUUUUUUGAACAUUGAUUGUUUUGCUAACUUCUUUUUCAUUUCGAAAAGACCACUCUGCACAGGAAACACUGACAACAAUCGCAGUGCCUCAUUCUCUGCACGAGAACAUGUUAGUCACAGUUUACUUCUGCAGCUCAAGAGACCUGUUAUUCCACCUUACACAAAAUAAGAUUCACAUGCACACCUGGUUUCUGCUAUGGGUUCCUGGAUGUUUCAAAGUCCCUACAUUUAUUUGUCUUUUUAUCUGGAGACACUUAAUUCAUCACUUUUACACUAGAGCUGGACUAUGUAAAGUAGAGGUAAAGUAGCUGAACAUGUAGCUCUACAGAUACUGGGACAGGAUAGAGGGAAAGAAUGAGACCAAAACGCCUGAUUUAUUUUACAGGCUCAUUUACAACAAUCAUAAAGAACUGGCCAUAUUCUCAAGUGAUAUGAAUUGAUAUAUAUCUAUUGAGUUCAACAGCGUUCCAUUAAUUUAUACCAGUUGAGAAGCUGGUACGAGGUAAGGAAGAAUAAAACUGUCCUCACUGAGCUCCUUCCCCCAGCCUCCUGUCCUUUUACUGUAACUUUUAGGCUUAUCAGUACUUUUCCAACAAUGUGUAUCAACAAUAAAUGUCAUUCCUCUUUCACCUCCAUCUCAUAAGGCUGGCUAUGUAGACCAAACAUACUCUAGCAUAAUUCUAGCUGAAGCAUGGAAAAUAGUAGCUUAAAUCUCCAAGGGUUUUAGGAAGCUGCUAGGACUUAGGUGCUCUAUAUUUGUCUGAAAUGUUAGAAAUGCAGCAUAUACCUGUUCAUGCCAUAUGGAGGAUUAUCAUGCACUGAGGUUAAACACUGUUGCCGCUGUGGCAAAGUAAAAGUACAUAGACAAGAAAAAACAGAAAUAGUUUAAUCUUAAAGAUGAAUCACACCAUCUGCC